CCUCGCUUGCUUCCCAGUCCCUCUAUCCGGCAGAGUCCUUGCAGUCUGGCUGCCGGGAUCAUUUAUAUUUUGUCAGAAAGGCUCAGAGCCAAAUGCGGCUACUGGACCAGCCCACAGGACAAGAGUCUGCCUGACGUGCGCGGGAUUUGCUGCAAUGCGAACAAUCUCCAGUUAGGCAGCAGGAGGCAUCUGUCCAGGAUCACUAUUUAUCCCCAUAACGACCGACACUGGUGGGGCUGAGUGUCAGGAGGUACAGCACCGUCCUACCCUGCAAGUCUGCACUGCUGCUAGAGGGAGGUAAGCGCAUGCUCACCCCACCCUGGGUAACAGUGCCCCAAUACUGUGAGCUGCAUCAUAGCAUGCCACCCUGCACCUUGGUACUGCACUCUUCCAGAGGUCACAGCUGUCUGAGCCUGUAGCUGUGUACAGCAGCAAGUUUUCAUACUCAAGUUGGCACUUUACUGCUGCUGACUUCAAAGCAGACUGGCACUGGUAUUGUUUAAGUGCACUAGGGGGCUGUGUGUGCCAGGGCUAGCAGCAGGUAGAUCAUCAUUCCAGCCUGCAACUCAACACCUCAAGCUUAUUGCUGCACUGCUCAUAUAGGGAGGUCAGAUCCAGCUCCCACUAGGGUAAACUGCACAGUGAGUUGUAUGAGCCAGGACUGUAGCAGCAUCCUACACUCCAAAGCUGCACAGGCACCAUCUAAUACUACCCAUGUGCUGUAUGCAGAGGGUAAGCUCCUCAGUGCACUGUGUGUAGCAGCCAUAGUAGCAUCUGCCCACUGCAACACCCACUGCACUACUCCUCGGGUCACAGCAGGCUCCCACUGAGUGUCUCCUCCCUGCAGAUCAUCUCUCAGCAGCACAACACUGGAUCAAGGAGAAGCACAGGGCAAGCUGACCAUCUGCAGUGAAGAAAGUACAUGACUGACACCCUCCUUGUCAGAAGAGACUGCUUUGCUAAUAUUUAGUGGUUGGGCAAACAGGAAGUCUGUAAAAAAACAGGAAUUGAGAUAUAGACAAGGGGCUGCCACAGCUAACUUUGCCAGAUCUGUGGUGUAUUGCUUGGUGCCAGCCAUGGCUCGGGAAAACGGAGAGAACAGCACCACUUGGAAAAAGCAGGUGGAGGAUGUGAAGAAGAUGUUUGAGUUCAGGGAGGUCCUGGGCACGGGAGCAUUUUCAGAAGUCGUUUUAGCAGAAGAGAAGGCAACCGGUAAACUCUUUGCAGUAAAGUGUAUUCCCAAAAAAGCGCUGAAGGGAAAAGAAAGCAGCAUUGAGAACGAAAUUGCCGUACUGAGAAAAAUCAAACACGAGAACAUUGUUGCGUUAGAAGAUAUCUACGAGAGCCCAAGUCAUUUGUAUCUCGUCAUGCAGCUGGUAUCUGGAGGAGAGCUGUUUGACAGGAUAGUAGAGAAAGGGUUUUACACAGAAAAAGAUGCCAGUACCCUCAUACGACAGGUGCUGGAUGCCGUGUAUUACCUUCAUAGACUGGGCAUCGUGCACAGAGACCUUAAGCCUGAAAACCUGCUGUAUUUCAGUCAAGAAGAGGAAUCUAAAAUAAUGAUCAGUGAUUUUGGGCUGUCUAAGAUGGAAGGUAAAGGAGAUGUUAUGUCUACAGCCUGUGGAACCCCAGGGUAUGUUGCGCCAGAAGUACUAGCGCAGAAGCCAUACAGCAAAGCAGUGGAUUGCUGGUCUAUCGGUGUCAUUGCCUACAUUUUACUCUGCGGUUAUCCACCAUUCUAUGAUGAAAAUGAUUCUAAACUAUUUGAGCAGAUUUUAAAGGCUGAUUAUGAGUUUGAUUCUCCGUAUUGGGACGAUAUCUCAGAUUCUGCUAAAGACUUUAUUGGUCAUUUGAUGGAGAAGGAUCCCAGCAGGAGAUACACCUGUGAGCAGGCGCUGCGACAUCCAUGGAUUGCCGGAGACACUGCUCUGUGUAAAAACAUUCAUGAAUCAGUCAGUGCGCAGAUUCGUAAAAAUUUUGCAAAAAGCAAAUGGAGGCAAGCGUUCAAUGCUACAGCUGUAGUCAGGCACAUGAGGAGAUUACACCUCGGAAGUAGUCAGGACAAUUCAAGCAUGUCUAGCGGCCACAGUUCUGCAAACCCUCUUCCAGAUGGAACAAGUCGUAAAGAUUGUAAGCCACCGGCUAGCCCCUAUAGUUUCCUGUCCAGUAUUACCUCUUCUGCUUCAGCCAUUUCCGCCGUUGGUGGAGAUCGGAGACCGAGACCAGCCUCUGUCACUACAGUACUUAGUGGGAGCAAGUGAAAAAUCACAGUGAAGCUGGAACGAGAAGGAUAAAAGCAAACACGCCACGUGUGAUUUCAUAUUGAAUUGUGCACUCCUGCUGGACUCAGAAAUUUUUUAUGGCCAUAUUUUAUACCGCAACUAAAAAAAAAUGUUUCCUCAUCUUAUAAUCUGCAAUGACUCCAGUAUCACUUAGGUAAUAGGAGUUGACCAUGUGAUGAGUCUUGCAGUGUUCUUACUACAGGACAUGUUAUUUUUUUUUAAUAAUUUACUUUAUUCAGUGUGGGUAUUGGUACUGUAUAUGUUGUAUUUUUUUCAUUAAUUGAGGUCUCAACUGGAUUAUUUAAAUAAUUUUUGGUGAAUUUCUUUAUAAUUUUACUCUAAUAGCUUUUACACUUGAAAUUAUGUUCUUCUGAAAUCUCUUAUUCGAUGGGAGAUUUUGGUGAGUGAAAACCAUUUUGGAAGUAUCCUGAGAGGUUAUUUUUAGUAAGAAUAGAAACAGGCUCCAAUUAAUUUCAGUACGUACUGAGGUAUAAAAACAAAAUCUAAUUUAGUUUUUACGAAUUUUGAAAAACUGGUUUUGCGCUGCAUACUUUUUUCUUAGCUAUGAUUGGUUAAAGAAACUUCUUUAUUUCUAACUUCCAAAACGUUGUUUUGUUUUGCUGAAAAUGUAAACAGAGACUGGUUAAAGAAUGUUUAUAAGGGCUUUGAUGAGUUACCUUUAAAGAAGAUGCUCACAAAUAUUUCAUAUGUCACAAAUAUUCAUUUAUACAAGUACCUUUUAAAGGCAGCAGAUCAAAAGCAGUGGAAACUAAUUAAUCAUUUGUUGUUAAUUCAUAUUUUUGUUGGUUAAAUAUACUAAUAAUUGGAGGAAUCCUUGGUUAAAGUGAUCGUUUAUUAUAUGAUGGGGUAUAAGGUAAUUAAUCAAAUUGUCAUUAUUGCGUUUCUUUCUCAAUGUGGUAAUAUCAUUCUGAAAAGGUGGUAAUUAAAAUGUGAACAUUUUAAUCUUUUAGCUGACAAAUUCCUUUUAGCGCAUGCAAAAAAAGUGAUUCAAUUUUAGCAUUUCUACUAUGGAGCACAGAGACUAAUAUACUUUUGUACGCCCUCUGCUAAAAUAGGUUAACUGGUUUUACUAUUAUUUAUUAAAUAAAAUAUAUCUAACAUACAAAUGAUUAAAUAAUAAUUAUAUUAAUAUUCGGUAAACAUAUAUAACUUCCCUCAAAUUAAAAAAAUAAAUAAUUACAAUUUAAUAAUUUUAUUAGUGAUUCUGGUAGGUCCUGGUAUAAAAACAAUUAUUUUCUACUUUACUUCCUCCUCCAAAGGAAGCUUUGUUUUGAGAAUUAUAGUGAAUUAAUAUCAAAUUGAUAAAUUCCUUGAGAGAGGAUAGUUGGAAUUGAUGAACAGUUGUUCAGUGUGUGGGAAGGAGGGUAAUUUGUGAAGAGUAUUUUAUAGUUUCUCUUUCAGAGGGUACUAAGGGUGCCAAAGAUUUUGUCCCAAAUAGCCAUCCACUAGUAAAAUUAGAUAAAAACCAUGGUGUAUAUUUCCUUGAGAGCUGAAUAAAGAGGAGUGUAAACAGAAUUUGUUUUUCUAAUUUCAAAAAGAUGAGAGUAAAUAUGUAGGACAAUAUUUAUUUACUGAAAAUGUUUUGAUCAAGCAAGACAUCAUAGUGACCAGCAAACCUUAGUAAACUUAAAGGCUUAAGAAAUUCUAUCUGUUAAAUGGUAGUGGCUAUUAUUAAAAAAAAUGCUAAUAAUAUUUUCAUAAUAUUGGUUAGUUUAUUAUUAUGUUAUUAUAGUUUUAAUUUGUUCAUCUUAUAGUCAUACCUUGUUUAGUGAUUUUACACAAACUGUAACGGUAGAUCAUAAUGGUUUGCAUUUCAUAACUAUAGUUCAAAAGCUACAUCAUUUUUAACAAUAUUAAAGGAAUAAAAAAGGCUCUUUCAUAAUGUGUUUUUAUCUUAGUAAGUUAAAAAAUGCAAUUUUUAACACAUCUUAUUUCUUUUCUUUCUAAUUAUUUUAAAACUAUGUUGAUGAAAAUUUUGUGCCACUGACAAUUUAAAAAUGUUAUUAAUAACAAGUAAUAAAGUUUUUUAAAGUUCAUUUUUGUUCCAAAUAAAAUAUCUAAAAGUGUUACUAGACACAGAUGUUUAAAAUGUCACCAUUGUUUAUCACAAGUUUUUAAAUGUUAUAUAUGCUCACAUCUUCCGUCUUUACCCUGAUUACAUCAUCCUACUGGCUCUUUCUUCUGUCUUUUCUUGUAAACAGAAGUUACCGUAAGGAUGCAGUUUAUUUUGGUUCAUUUCUCAAGAGCCCAUUUUGUUCCUAAUAUUAGGAACACCUAGUCAAUGGACUGGACAUAGACAGAAGGGACAUUAUACACUAGAUUUUCUUUGAAUAAAUAUAUUGUAGACGAUCCAUUUAUAUAGCCCAUACAGGUUUGGUUUGUUUUUUUUAAAUUGUAUAGUUUUGCUUAUUUUUAAAUAACAUUGCUCUGAUUUUCAGACUCCUAACCAAGCCCCAAAGUUUUAGGAAAAUACUGAUGAAUACCUACUCCAAAUUGCUUCUGUUUGUGUAAAGGGUCUUUUCAUAUGCAAAGGAAGGGGGGGGGAGUGUCUGCUAUUUCCCACUUGCAGUGGGUGUUACAGCUACCUUUUUAACAGAGCUUAACUGGAAGCUUCUAAGUAAGUUUUUAAACACUUUUAGACUGGAUUUUUAGAUCAGUAUCUGUGCAUAUUAUUCUUUAUAGUAGUGUCUAUUACAUGCAGUUAUAUGAAAAUUGGUGUAUACUGUCCCUUUAACUAUGGGUUCAGAUUAAAGUCUGAAGAUAUGAAAGAUUUUUUGGUAAAACAAAGUCAUAUUUUUGAAGAGAAAUAAUUCUAAAUUUACUAUGACCUUUAACCUAACAUUUAACUAAAUUUUAAAUUAAAAAUAUAAAUAGUGUGUAGCUUAUUUUAGUUUUGGCCCAUAAGUGUCUUAAAAUAGAUUUUAAAUACAAACAUAUAAAUAUUGUGUAGUUUAUUUUAGUUUUGCUCCUAUAAGUGUCUUAAAAUCUAAGAUAUGUUUUUCCCCUUACUGAUACAUAUGUAUCAUAUUAUCUUUCUCAUGCAGUCUAUGAGUUUGCAACACUGAUGAUAAUCUAAUUGAAAGUUAAAUAAAACAAAAACUGCUUUAUAAGUAUAGACUAGUUUAUGUAUUCAUUUAAUAUCACUUAAACUUAUACUGAAAUAGUUUUCUAUAAAGAAAAUAUGUAAGAUGUGUUAUAAACACAGGGCUCUUUUUGUAGCUUAGAAAAACAGCUGUAGUAAGCACUGAGCAACCUUUUUCAGUCUGUGGAUCUCCCAUUAGAGCAAGUUUAUUUUCCGCCUACUUCACCUAAUAUCACUUAUAUGGCAAAAAAAAAAUGUUAUCUGAGAAAACUAGUGCUUCCAACUGACAGUUCUUUUAAUAUAUCAACAAAUCUCUCAUGUUGCUUCCUUUUUGAGUAAAAAUGAUUGUCGUUUUGUUACUCUAAUUAACUUGUAGGUUUAUUUUAGUGCCUAUUAAUGAAAGAAGAACAUGAUAUUGUUAAAUUGAAUUAAAACCCAUAAUCCACGUGGGGUACAUUUGCAUUUUUAUGCAUAUAUUAUAAAUAUAAUAAUGAUAUUAUUUAAAAAGGCUUUAUUUUGAAAUCUGUAUAUCAGAGCAUAUCUAGAAUGUGAUUUAUGCACAUGUGCUGUGCAUGGUUCAUCUACACCAAAAAUAUUUUAUAUACUAUAUGCUCCUUAAAUGGAACCAGCUUUAUGCUAAAUUAGCUUCUCUCAGAGUUGAAUAAAUUGAAAGAUUAUUGUUCAUAAUAAUAUCCUGCUGCUUGAUAUAUGAUUAUAGAAUAUGUAUAGCCUAUGUUAGAUUGUGGGUUUUAUAUCUCAUUUGCAAGUGUCAUUUGCAUACUUUUAAUACGUUUUGACAACUUGGUACUGGAAAAUGUCAUCAAUAUAUCGUAUCCUGUGCAGAAUGUGUCAUAGUAAAAAAAAAUCUUUUUACACAAAAAUGCACAGAAAUCCUUAUGUAGCAAAACAUAAAUACCACAACACUCAUUUACUACUGAUUAUAUUAUACAUAAAUGUUUUCUCAGGGGAUUUAUUGCUGAUGCAUAUGUGCAAUGAAAUUUGAAAGGCUUUUGAAAUUAACAACUGGCAAAUUUAGAAAUGUCCAUGUGUUGAUAUUUUUUGUUAGAAUUUAAGUCCUUUUUGACAUUUUUAACUAGAGCUCAGUAAUUUACCGUACAGUAUGAGUCUUCCAUAGAUCUUAUUGUAUUAUUUCUUGGUUUUCAAGAUUCACGUAAUUGCAUUUUCGUACUUACUGAUGACCAAGGCUGGUGUACAAUAAGCAGGGUACAUCCCGUGUUUGACAUUCUGGCAUAUUAUGCCACACUUCUUGUUAGUAAAAUCAUGGCUGGUCAGAUCAAUAAAGAAGUCGUUUUAUCAUUUCUAAA